CUUCCGGGUUCAGGCCCCUCCCCUCCAGAACUUUCUCCACUGCACCCUGACCCCAGCCUGCCACUGCCCAACAACCCCAUGGCCUGCCUGAGCCCCUCGCAGCUCCAGAAGUUCCAGGAUGACGGGUUCCUGGUGCUGGAAGGGUUCCUGUCUCCAGAAGAGUGUGUGGCCCUGCAGCAGAGGACGGCCACGCUUGUGGCCGAGAUGGACGUCCCUGAGCACUGUCGCACGGUGUUCACCACCCACAAGGAGGAGCAGCUUCGUGCCCAGGUGGGUGCCGGGCCAGGGACGAGGGGCGCUGCAGGGAGGCCUCAAAGGCUGAGGCCGCUUCUGAUGAGGAUUGUCUCCAUCCCACUGAAAGGGGACAAAGCUCUGCAUGCCCACGACCCUGUCUUCAAGAGUGUCACGCACUCCCCCAAGAUGCAGGCCUUGGCCAGAAGUCUGGGCCUGCGGAAGCCUGUGGUGGUGCAGAGCAUGUACAUCUUCAAGCAACCUCGCAUCGGGGGCGAAGUCACCCCGCACCAGGAUGCCACCUUCCUGUACACGGAGCCUCUGGGCCGCGUGGUGGGCAUAUGGAUUGCGCUGGAGGACGCCACGCUGGAGAACAGCUGUCUCUGGUUCAUUCCUGGCUCUCACACCGGAGGAGUGGCAAGGAGGUUCAUCCGCGGCCCUGAUGGCACCAGCUACCUGGGCUCAGAGCCGGAUCGGGACGACAGUCUCUUUGUGCCUGCGCCCGUGAGCAGAGGCGCGCUGGUCCUGAUCCACGGGGGAGUGGUGCACAAGAGUGCACAGAACCUCUCGGACCGCUCGCGCCAGGCCUACACGGUCCACCUCAUGGAGGCUGAGGGCACUGUCUGGAGCCCACAGAACUGGCUCCAGCCAACAGAGGAGCUGCCCUUCCCACCACUGUACACCUAAAGGCCUGUGCAGGGCCUGGUCGUCCCCAGAGCCCAGGACCUCGCUGGACCCUCCAGCUGUGGAAGCAACAGUUGUCGUCUUCCCUCCCCCC